CGGCUGCAAAAGCAGAUAAUUGACUAAACCCAACAGAAAUAAAACAAACUCAGGCUACCUAAAAGUUAGGAUACCUUUUUUUUUUCCCCCCCGUUCUUUUACGAUUUUAUUCCCUAUGUGGAAGUCGCGUGUGAUUCGUGCUCGGCACACUGCAUGGGAAGAAGCGGCUGGUGCUUUGGAUCGAGGAUUUGCUGUUGCAAAGCGGUCUAAGUUCCAUGCAGUGGGGCAGCCUUCACUACUCAAAACGCCUUGAUGAUGUGCUGAGGAGCCCAUGUAGAUUGGCAUCUUGUGCAAAGAAGGCACUUAAGCUACUCCUGGUGUUCUACACGAAUACUCAUUAGUCAUUCUGGAGAUGGACUUGCUGUCUGGAACCUACCUCUUGGCAGUCUUGUUGGCCUGCAUCGUGUUCCAAUCUGGCGCACAGGAGAAGAAUUACACCGUGCGGGAAGAACUGCCUGAAAAUGUGCUCAUUGGCAACCUGCUCAAGGAUCUCAACCUAACGCUGGACCCCGACGUGCCCCUGUCCUCCCCGCUGCAGUUCAAGCUGGUGUACAAGACUGGGGAUGUGCCCCUGGUGAGGGUGGAGGAGAACACCGGGGAGAUCUUCACGGCUGCCAACCGCAUCGACCGCGAGAAGCUGUGCGCCGGCAUCCUCAGCGAGAACCGCUGCUUCUACGAGGUGGAGGUGGCUGUUCUGCCAGACGAGGUGUUCAGACUGGUCAAGAUCAGAUUCCUAAUCGAGGAUAUAAAUGACAACGCCCCCCUUUUCCCCUCGACAGUGAUUAACAUCUCUAUCCCUGAGAACACAGCCAUUAAUUCCCGCUACUCUGUCCCGUCUGCCAUCGACCCGGACAUCGGCGUCAACGGUAUCCAGCAUUAUGAGCUCCUCAAGCCCAAAACAGCUCCGAAAAGGACAUUUGGAUCCAUUACAAAUGACCAGGGUCAAAAUGUAUUUGGUCUUGACAUAACUGAGACACCUGAGGGAGAUAAGUGGCCUCAGCUGAUUGUCCAGCAGAUCCUGGAUAGGGAGCAGAAGGACACCUAUGUGAUGAAAAUCAAAGUUGAGGAUGGUGGGAGCCCCCCGAGGUCCAGCACUGCCAUCCUGCAGGUCACGGUGACCGAUGUCAACGACAACCGCCCGGUCUUCAAAGAGAACGACAUCGAGGUCAGCGUGCCCGAGAACGCCCCGGUGGGCACCUCCGUGUCUCAGCUCCACGCCACCGACGCAGACCUGGGCUCCAAUGCACAAAUCCACUUCUAUUUCAGCAACCAGAUCUCCAGCCUGGCCAAAAGGCUCUUUGCCAUCGAUAACACCACCGGCCUCAUCACCAUCAGGGAGCCGCUGGACAGGGAGGAAUCUCCCGUGCACAAAUUGACUGUUUUGGCAAGCGAUGGCAGCUCAACUCCGUCAAGAGCAACGGUGACAGUCAAUGUCACAGAUAUCAACGACAAUGUCCCAUCAAUAGACACCAGGUACAUCAUCAACCCGGUGAACGGGACAGUGCUUUUGUCUGAGAAGGCUCCCCUCAAUACAAAAAUUGCUUUGAUAACAGUGAUGGACAAGGACGCUGAUCAGAAUGGGAAAGUUACCUGUUUUACAGAUCACGAUGUCCCUUUCAGGCUAAAACCAGUGUUUGAUAAUCAGUUUCUCCUGGAGACAGCCACGUUUCUAGACUAUGAAGCCACACGGGAAUAUGCCAUCAAAAUAGUGGCUUCAGAUUCAGGGAAGCCUCCCUUAAACCAGUCUGCAAUGCUCCUGAUCAAAAUUAAAGAUGAAAACGACAAUGCCCCAGUUUUCACACAGCCUAUCAUAGGCCUUUCCAUCCCUGAGAACAACGCUCCUGGUACUCAGCUCACCAAGAUCAGCGCUACAGACGCUGACAGCGGGCGGAAUGCCGAGAUCAGCUACAUCCUGGGUUCCGACGCGCCCCCGAUUUUCAACCUGGACCGCCGUACGGGCAUCCUGACCGCCGUGAGAAAGCUGGACAGAGAAAAGCAGGACAGGUACUCUUUCACCGUGCUGGCUAAGGAUAACGGGAUGCCACCUUUGCAGACCAAUGCGACCGUGACGGUGUCGGUGCUGGACCAGAAUGAUAACAGCCCCGCUUUCACGCAUAGUGAAUAUAAUUUCUAUGUGCCAGAAAACCUGCCCAUGUAUGGCACAGUGGGGCUCAUCACAGUUACGGACGCUGACGCGGGAGACAACGCUGCGGUCACUCUCUCUAUCUUAAAUGGUAGAGAUAAUUUCAUUAUAGAUCCACUCACUGGUGUAAUAAGACCUAAUAUUACCUUUGAUAGGGAGCAGCAGGGGUCAUACACUUUCCAGGUGAAAGCAGUGGAUGGAGGAAGACUGCAGCGUUCCUCAACUGCCAAAGUGACCAUCAAUGUUGUUGAUGUAAAUGAUAACAGGCCCGUUUUUGUUAUUCCCUCGUCUAAUUAUUCCUAUGAGCUGGUCCCAACGUCUGCCAGCCCCGGGUCUGUGGUCACUAAAGUCUUUGCAGUUGACAAUGACACGGGAAUGAACGCAGAGCUCCGCUAUAGCAUCAUAGGUGGGAACUCCAGGGGCUUGUUUACCAUAGACCAAUUAACAGGCAAUAUUACUUUGAAGGAGAAGGUGAUUACAUCAGAUCAUGGCUUGCACAGACUGGUGAUCAAGGUGAAUGACCUGGGACAGCCGGAGUCUCUUUACACGAUAGCCCUUGUGCACUUGUUUGUGAACGAGACGGUCACCAACGGCUCCUACGUGCAAGAGCUGGUGCGUAGGAACAUGGAAACCCCCGUUGGCCAGAACAUUGGGGAUGGUGAGAUAACCCCACAGACCAAUGAUUAUGUCAAGAUCAUCAUUGCCAUCAUUGCGGGCACCAUGACAGUUAUUCUGGUAAUUUUUGUUACCGCUUUAGUGCGGUGCCGCCAGACACCCAGGCACAAGGUUGUCCAAAAAAAUAAGCAGAGUGGUGAAUGGGUUUCCCCCAACCAAGAGAACAGGCAGAUCAAGAAAAAGAAGAAGAAGAAGAAGCGCUCUCCAAAGAGUCUCCUCCUCAACUUUGUGACUAUUGAAGAAUCUAAGCCUGAUGAUCCUGGCCACGAGCACAUAAAUGGCACUUUAGACAUUCCCGUAGAGCUAGAAGAACAGACUAUGGGAAAAUAUAACUGGGCCACCACACCAACCACAUUUAAACCUGAUAGCCCAGACUUAGCAAAGCACUACAAGUCUGCUUCUCCGCAGCCUACCUUUCAAAUUAAACCUGAGACUCCUGUACCCCCCAAGAAGCACCAUGUCAUUCAGGAAUUGCCUCUAGAUAACACCUUUGUGGUGGGCUGUGACUCACUUUCCAAGUGCUCAUCCAGCAGCUCGGACCCUUACAGUGUUUCUGAAUGCAGCUGUCAAGGAGGCUUCAAGACCCCAGGCCCCAUACACACCAGACAGCUCUGAACGCCAUCGCAGCUGAUGUUAUGUACUGAAGUCGUACGUGUACUCAAUGAUGUUAAGCCAGCAAAUAUGAAAACAAGGAAAUAGCACGAGAAAGCCCUUUGUCCUGUCUCUGGUUGCCGAAGAAAUUUAUCGUCUCAUCUCCAGAGGGGUUUGGAAGUGACGAUGAACUGUUCAAGCUGCCCUACUGAAAGGUAUCAAGGGCAAGGAUUUUUUUAAAAGGAAAAGACAAAGAAAUUUUAGUACGUUGUGCUAUAGUGUUCUAUAACGUAGUUUUGCUAAGGAAAAAAAAAAAAGUAAUGUGACCCAUCCUUCUUCACAGUUGGUGAUUAUGGUAAAUUUAUUUUGCUUGUAAUCAUCUUCUUGUCCCAGAUUUUUUUUUUUUUUCCUUAUUUAUUUUAGUUGAAACAAUUAGGAAUUUUCUUUCUAUGACUAUAUUAAAAGGGAGCAAUAAAUUUUAUUCAUAUGUUAAAAAGAGAAUGUAAAGUUCUUUAUACUCCCUGCAUUUAAAUGAAAAACAACUGAGUUGUUGUCACUUAUAGCACCAUUGUACAUGUUGAGAAUUAAGUGUUAUUUAUAUCUAUUCCAUAAUAUUUUUAAUGAUGAUAUUGCUGCUAUGGAUCAUAAAUAGAAAUGAUCAAGUCACUGCUUUCUCAUUUUCUAGGCACAAUAGUGGUAGUGAAAA